GGAGGGAGAGAGAGAGAGAGAGAGAGAGGGGGAGAGAAGGUUCUGUUGUUGUUGUUGUUGUUUGGAGAGAGGGGGUGAUGAUGGAGUGGUAGUGAGAAUGAAGAAGAAAAACCUGGUUCACCCCUCACUCUUGUCACCUUGAGAUUUUAUAUCUCUUUUUUUCCACUUCUCUUUUUUCCGGGGUGAAAGUGGAUGUUGGAUGGAGGGAUGAGGAACUGGAUGAAGGGGAGUGAGGAAGAGAAGAGAGACUGAGGAGACAAUGGCGUACACACAGUUGGAACCCAUCAACAAGGGUGUGCUGGCCAGGCUAACUGACUGUCUGUUGUGUCGGUGGUCGUGUCGCUCUUGUCUGUUGUGGUGUUGGGAGUGCUGCUUUCCGCGCAGUGAUGAGGAGGUGGAGAUACUGGGACCCUUCCCUGCUCAGACCCCCUCCUGGCUAGUGAACGAGUGUGUGGAUGAGAAGGACACUGAUACAGGGGUCACUCAUGUUGACGCCAUGGCAAUACCGCAGGACAGUAUUCCGACCCAGAGGCGUUCCAGCUCAGAGAUGUCCCGAUCCACCUUCAGCCUGGUCCGACAACUCUCCAGUCUAGACGCCCGCAGGCCCAGCUCUCCGCUGGUUGAUGUGAAACCCAUUGAGUUCUGGGCCAUGGGCCCCAGGAAGGAGGUGAUCCAGCCGCUGCGUCGACCCCAGCCCCCUGCGAAUGACUACUUCAGGAAGUUGGAGCCACGCCUCUACUCUCUGGACUCAUCCGGAGACGACGUGGACUCGCUAACGGACGAGGAGAUUCUGCUACGAUACCAACUGGGCAUGCUCCACUUCAGCACACAGUAUGACCUAAUCAACGGCCACCUGGGCGUUAGGGUCAUUGAGGCUCGCGACCUGCCCCCACCGCUGACCUGUGAUGGAGCACGCCAGGACAUGGCCCACUCCAACCCAUACGUCAAGAUCAGCCUGCUGCCGGACCACAAGAACUCCCGGCAGACAGGGGUGAAGAGGAAGACACAGAACCCGGUGUUUGAGGAGCGGUUCACCUUUGACCUUCUGUUCUUGGAGGCCCAGCGCCGCACCCUGCUGCUGUCUGUGGUCGACUUCGACAAGUUCUCACGACACUGUGUCAUCGGCAAGGUGGCGCUGCCUCUGAGUGAGGUUGAUCUGGUGAAGGGCGGUCACUGGUGGAAGGCCCUGAUACCCAGUUCUCAGAAUGAGGUAGAGCUGGGAGAGCUGCUGUUAUCACUCAACUACCUGCCCUCCGCUGGAAGACUCAACGUUGACAUCAUCAGAGCCAAGCAGCUGCUGCAGACAGACAUGUGCCAGGGAUCAGACCCGUUUGUGAAGGUUCAGCUGGUAACAGGGCUGAAGCUGGUAAAGACCAAGAAGACAUCCUGUAUGAAAGGAACCAUCGACCCCUUCUACAACGAGUCGUUCAGCUUCAGAGUCCCCCACGAAGACCUCAGCGAAGUCAGCCUGGUAUUUACAGUGUACGGCCACAACAUGAAGAGCAGUAAUGAUUUUGUGGGGAGGAUCGUGAUUGGCCAGUUCUCCACGGGUCCCCCUGAGACCUCCCAUUGGCGCCACCUGUUGGCCAGUCAGAGAACUCCGGUGGAGCAGUGGCACAGCCUGCGGUCACGAGCAGAGUGUGACCGCGUCUCCCCCGCCUCGCUGGAGGUCACAUGAUAGAGCUGGAGAGGGAUCAGGAGUUAGAGGUUAGGGGUCAGAGGUCAGGAGGAGAGGUAUAAGCUCAAAGUGUUGAUGUACACAGUAGGAAAGAAGAAGAUGAAAGGGGGUCAGGAGUUAGAGGUAAGAGGUCAGGGGUUUGAUGUCAGGGAGAUGGGAGGUGAGAAAAGGGGAUUAGAGGAUGGGAGAGAGAGAGAAAAGAGAGAGAGAGAGAGAGAGAGAGAAUUAAGAAGAAGGGAGACAGAGGUUAGGGUCAAGGCCAACAGCAGGACUGGAUUAAGAAAUCAUAGGCCGGGGCUUAGACAUUGCUCAACAUUUUAAUAGUAAAGACGUCAUUUAACUGUAAAAAUAUAUAUUUGUCUCUGCCCCGGGCCGCAGGCCUAUGGUUGGCGGUUCCCGUAAAA